AUGGUACAAGACAACGUAGACCGCGCUCUCGAGGCGGUCGAACACGAUGCUUCUCUACGCCGUAGCGAGGAAAUCGAACGGGUGGUCUCAGCGUCGUCUGUGUCCAGCUCGUCCACGGAGGCGUCCCAGCGGGGGACCGGGUUGAACCGUGUUGAGACACAACGGGAUCUGGAACGCCACAACACCGAACUGAGCCGCAUUCAGACAGCACGGAGUCAACAUAGCGGAACAGUUGGGAGAGAUGCUCGGGGGAAAGAAUGGAAGAGGCCACUACCCAAUUUCGGUGCCGGCAAGGAAUACCCACCACUACUACCAAACCAGGAGGACUAUGUUGUCGAGUUCGACGGGCCCGAUGAUCCUCUCCACGCCCAGAACUGGCCGCUGAAGAAGAAGAUCGCCACGGCUGUUAUGCUCGGCUUCACCACCAUGACCGCCGCCUUCGGCUCGAGUAUAUUCUCCGCCGCGACCGGCGCAGUCGCCCGCGAGUUUGGCGUGUCUUCCGAAGUUUCCCUCCUCGGUGUCUCCUUCUACGUUCUCGGUUUCGCUACCGGCCCGACCUUCUGGGCACCUCUCUCCGAACUCAAGGGUCGCCGCCUGCCGCUGGUCCUCUCCAUGUUCGGCUUCUUCAUCUUUAACAUCGCCAACGCCGUCUCCAAGGACCUCCAGACGGUUCUCAUAACCCGUUUCUUCGCCGGCUUCUUCGGUGCCUGCCCUCUCGCCGUCGUGGCUGCCGUCUUCUCCGACAUGUUCGACAACCGGACCCGCGGCAUCGCCAUCACCGUCUUCUCCAUGACCGUCUUCACCGGCCCGCUCCUGGCGCCCUUCGUCGGCGGCUUCAUCGUCGAGUCGCACCUCGGCUGGCGUUGGACCUCGUGGAUUGUCUCCUUCAUGGGCAUCCUCGCCUUCGUGCUGGAUCUGUUCUUCCUCGAGGAAACAUACCCGCCCACCAUCCUGGUCGGCAAGGCGGCCGAACUGCGGCGCCGCACCCUCAACUGGGGCAUCCACGCCAAGCAGGAGGAGAUCGAGAUCGACGUGCGCGAGCUCGUCACCAAGAACUUCUCGCGCCCCAUGCGGCUGCUCUUCACCGAACCCAUCGUCACCCUCAUCUCGGUCUACAUGGCCUUCAUCUACGGCCUGCUGUACCUCUUCCUGACCGCCUACCCCUUCGUCUUCCAGGGCGUGCACCGCAUGUCGGCCGGCGUCUCGGGCCUCACCUUCUUCGGCAUGGUCACGGGCCAGAUCAUCGCCGGCAUCGUGGUGCUCCUCCAACAGCCCUGGUACCAGCGCAAGCUGGCCGCCAACAACGGCGUGCCCAUCCCCGAGUGGCGCCUGCCCAGCGUCAUCGCCGGCGGCGUGGCCUUCGCCGGCGGGCUCUUCUGGUUCGGCUGGUCCGGCUACCGCGCCGACAUCCACUGGAUCGUGCCGACCCUCUCGGGCCUGCUCAGCGGGUUCGGCCUGGCCUCCAUCUUCCUGCAGUCGCUCAACUACCUGGUCGACGCGUACCUCAUGUUCGCGGCGUCCGCCAUCGCGGGCAACACCUUCCUGCGCUCGCUCGCCGGCGCCGGCUUCCCGCUCUUCUCGCGCUACAUGUUCGAGGGCAUGGGCAUCCAGUGGGCGUCCACGCUGCUGGGGUGCAUCGCGGUGGCCCUGGUCCCCAUCCCCGUCGUUUUCUGGCUGUACGGCCACAAGAUCCGCGCCCGCAGCGCCUUCGCACCCACUUUCUCCGCCAACAACAACCCCGCGCCGCCCGGCUCGGCUGACUCGUCGGACGAGGAGGGGGCGAAUGCCGUGAAUGAGAAGGUGGUGAUGGAGAAUGCGGCUGAUGCUAGCCGGCCGAGACUGGAUCGCGAUGCGAGGAGUGUUGUUUGA